UUUACCCUAGCAACCCCAAGCACGCGCUCAGGCUCCAAGCUAGCGCUAUCUUGUUAACCGCUUCCGAUUAUUUUAAUCAUUAUACAUAUAUAAAGUCUGUAUAUCAGGUAACAGAGAUGGACUCCAGCACUUUGCUCUAUUCUUUGGAUUUAGUGAGUGGGAACGGACUGACCCUGAGCUCCGAGCAGAGAGCAGCACUGCACACCUCACUGAUCAUCCUCAAGAGGAAUUACAAGUUUCACAGAGUCCUGUUUUGGGGAAAGAUCAUGGGAAUCAAAAAUGAUUAUUUCAUUGCUCAGGGGGUCGGAGAAGAUGAAAUGAAGGAUAGAAAGUGUUUAUACAGUUUUAACUGCAUGGAUUGGCACUUGCUCCCUCAUGCCACUGAGGCCCUGAUAGCAGAGGUGGAUGUAGCAGCUAAGGGGCGUUUUAUCGGUGAUCCAGCGUACACGUAUGAGCACACUGAGAUACGGCAUCGGGGAGAGGGAGAUGACGCUGUGGAGGAGGAAGUCAUGGUGAAAGUGAGUGAAGAGAGGCGGCUAGCUGUGACUGUGUUUACCAUCGAUAAAGAGGUGGCUGUUGUACCACGUGGCGCAUACAUUAAGAGCCCUCAUGGCACUGUACAGACUAACCGCAGCUUUGAGGGCCUGAACCCCACAGAGGCAGCCAAGUUGAACAAUUAUUUACACUUCACCAAUCCCAAGAACCUGAAGAAGAAAUCCAUUUUGGAAAUGGCUGAUCUGAACCCUUCCAUCGACUUCCUGGAUCCUCUAAGUGACGACAUUCCCAAAGGAUCAUGGAGUUUGCAGUUUGAACAUGGCAGCAGAGUCUGCGUGAUCCGGAGUCUGCUGUGGUUCGGUUUGACCUUCUUCCACGUACCGGAAACCUCCCAAUACGGUUACGUCUACAUGGGAGACGGCCUCAAGAACCUGGACCUGCCUUUUAUGAUGUAG